CAGCAGCAGCAGCACCUUCAGCCCUGACGCCCCCAGCAGCAGCAGCAGCAGCAGCAGCAGCAUGUCGCGACGCAAACAAGCCAAGCCGCAGCAGCUCAAGUCGGACGAGGAUCCAGCUGUGGUGGACUCCGAGCACGCCCGGGGUGAAGUGCUGGAUGAUGCUGACAGCGGGAAUGAGAGCCGCAGCGGCAGCGAAGAGACUCAUGUAUGUGAAAAGUGUUGUGCCGAGUUCUUCAAGUGGUCAGAUUUCUGUGAACAUUUAAAGAGCUGUACUAAGAACCCCCUGGUGCUCAUAGUGAAUGACAAUGAGGAUACGCCUAACCCCUCACAGGAGUACCCCUCAGAGCCCUCACCUGUUCUUAGCUGCCCCAGUGAGCAAGAUGACAGCGAGGAUGCAAGGGAGGGCAACCAGAGUCCUGUCGGUGAGGUAGAUGACAUCCCAGAGACAGAUAACUUAAAUGAGGUCAGUGUCCUGGAAAAGGAGGAUGAGCAGAUGGAGCUGGAGCUUUCUCCUGACAAAAACAUAGAAGCCGAAGACAGAGAUGUGACAUCCCCUGAGCCAGAUGGCUCCCUACCUCAGCUCAACGAUGUGGUCCCCACUGCUGUUACAAGCUACGCCAUGCCAAGCACCAAUGUUACCUUGGAGACUCUGCAUGGCACUCGGGUUGCAGUUGCCCAGUUUUCACAGAGUGUAAGGGCAGCAGCAGGCAGUGGGGUUUCCACUAUGGCUAUUCCUAUGAUCCUGGAUCAGCUUAUGGCCCUUCAGCAACAGCAGAUUCAUCAACUCCAGCUAAUAGAACAAAUCCGAAGUCAGGUGGCCCUCAUGAACAGACAGUCUCCCCCACAAUCUGCUGUCAACCUCCAUCACAACGCGGCUGCUGGAAGCCAGGGAUCUGUAUCCUCCUGUGUCCCUCCUGUUGCAAGUCAGCUUCAUCUGCAUAACUUCAUCACACCCCCUGUCCAUCAGCUGCCUGUCAGGUUGCCAGCCACUCUUAGUGGACAAGGCCCUUCACCUCUGACCUCAGCAAUAGAAGGGUCUCUCACUCAAACACCGCAGAGUAGUACUCAGCAAUCCACUUCUUCAGUUCCAAAUACAUCCACAAAUAAUUCAGUAUUUCCCCCACCAAGUGGGGCUGGAUUGUCAUCUCUACACUCCUCCUGCUCUGCUACUGUCUCAACUAACAACAGUAACACUAGCAGUUGCAUAACAGGAAGUGGUGGCAUAAGUAGCAGCUCGGCUCUUCCUAGAAACUCCACUACCCCUCCCUCACUAAAUCACAGCAGCAUCUUGAGCUCUGCCUCCAGUCUACCACUGAUACCUCACAGCUCCUCGAGCAGCGUCAUCUUCCCCAAUCCACUGGCCAGCAUAGCAGCCACAGCCAAUGCACUUGACCCCCUUUCAGCGCUAAUGAAGCACCGCAAGGGAAAGCCCCCCAAUGUGUCUGUGUUUGACACCAAGCCCAGUUCUGAAGACCCCUUCUUUAAGCAUAAGUGUCGAUUUUGUGCCAAGGUCUUUGGCAGUGACAGUGCUCUGCAGAUCCACCUGCGUUCCCACACUGGAGAGAGGCCCUAUAAAUGCAACAUAUGUGGUAACCGAUUUUCCACCAAGGGAAAUUUGAAGGUCCAUUUCCAAAGGCACAAAGAAAAAUACCCACACAUUCAAAUGAACCCUUACCCUGUACCAGAGUACCUGGACAAUGUUCCAACAAGCUCUGGCAUUCCAUAUGGCAUGUCCUUGCCCCCAGAAAAACCUGUUACCACAUGGCUGGACAGUAAACCUGUCCUCCCCACUGUCCCCACCUCUGUUGGGCUUCAGCUGCCUGCAACACUCCCAAGUAUGAUUGGAGGUUAUAACGAGUCCCCGAGUCUCACUCCACUUAACAGGUCACCUCAAAGACCCUCUCCACCCACAAGUGAGUGUGCAUCUUUGUCCCCAAAUAUCACCACUGACUCUGGCAUGACCACUACUUCACCCUCCCCAAAACCCAGCUUUGGAAGUGAUGCACCUCCUCUCUUGAAACCUGAAGGCAUUCUCCUGUCCCCAACUUGUUCUACAAGGCCUGGAGAAAACGCAAUCACCACAACUACAGUAACUCAAGUGCUUCUUUCCUCCACUGUCACCACCACAACACCAUCAGGUAGUGGCCAAGUCACUGAGCCUAUCAGUAGCCCAAACUCUGUUUCUAAUUCCAUCUCUCAUCCAGUCCUUCCAAUGCUGUCUGACCAGUUUAAGGCCAAGUUUCCCUUUGGAGGCCUCCUAGACUCUAUGCAAACCUCAGAGACAUCAAAGCUGCAGCAGCUCGUUGAGAACAUUGAUAAGAAGAUGACUGAUCCGAACCAGUGUGUUAUAUGUCAUCGUGUUCUAAGCUGCCAGAGCGCUCUGAAGAUGCACUACCGUAUCCACACUGGCGAGAGGCCAUUCAAAUGCAAGAUAUGUGGACGAGCUUUUACCACUAAGGGAAACCUAAAAACACACUUUGGUGUCCACAGGUCUAAACCCCCACUUCGAGUCCAGCACUCCUGCCCUAUAUGUCAGAAAAAGUUCACCAAUGCUGUUGUGCUACAACAGCACAUCCGUAUGCACAUGGGAGGGCAGAUUCCCAACACCCCAGUCCCAGAAAGUCUACAAGAGAUGGAAACCGAUGUUUCCUUUGAUGAGAAGAGCUUAGAUGCAAUGAGCAACUAUGAUGAUGAUCUGCUGGAUGAAAUGGAGCAGGCUAUGGAUGAUGAGGUGGACUUUAAAGAUGGAGAAUUUGACCCAUCUAAACCUUACUCACCUGGGAGCUCCCCACCAACUUCCAUCAUUUCCAGCAUUGCUGCGAUGGAAAACCAAAUGAAGAUGAUUGACUCCACUGCCAACAUAACCCGCUCAUUUGGCCUGAAGCCUUCACAGAAUGGCUGCAGCUUUGCAGGGGAUACUGACUGUUUUACAGCCGAUUCCUUGAAUGCAGUGGGGGAUGCUGAAAGUCAAAGCUUGGGGAGCCCCACUUUGUCAGAGUCUUCUGGCUCAAUGCAUCAUUUGUCCCCAGUUCACAGCCAUUCUGAGAGCCAGCGGUCCAAGUCCCCAGCUACACUCAGUAAUAAUAACAGCAGUGCCAUGAUGGCAGAAGAGGGCCAGGAGAAUAUUGCAGCUGGCUUGACAACAGUGAAGUCAGAAAAAUCAGAGACCCCUUCUCCGCUUUCUGGAAAUGAAGGCACUGGGGCCCUUGAUCUGACUGCCACUCAACCUGGCAGACAUUUCAUCAAGGAGGAGAGCCACUUCAACAUGUUGUUUCUAAACAGAGAUCGGGGCCUUGGUACACCUAAUUUAGCAAGCACUGCAUCAAACAUGAUCAAAAUGGAAAUGAAUGGACAUGGCAAGUCUUUGAGCGACAAUUCACACUUGCCUGUGGGCAUUCAGGUUCCAGCUGCAGCACCCCCAACCACAGCGAGUCCUAGCAUCAAUCCUAUGUUGGCCCCCCCACCUCCACGUCGGACUCCUAAGCAACACAACUGCCACUCGUGUGGAAAGAACUUUUCUUCAGCUAGCGCUCUGCAAAUCCAUGAGCGGACACACACAGGAGAGAAACCAUUUGCCUGCUCUAUUUGUGGAAGGGCUUUUACCACAAAGGGCAACCUGAAGGUUCAUAUGGGAACGCACAUGUGGAACAAUGCUCCAGCCCGGAGGGGUCGGCGCCUGUCGGUGGAGAACCCCAUGGCCUUGUUGGGUGGAGACGCCAUGAAGUUCAGUGAGAUGUUUCAAAAGGAUCUGGCAGCUCGGGCCAUGAACGUCGACCCCGGCUUCUGGAACCAGUACGCUGCUGUCAUCACCAAUGGCCUGGCCAUGAAGAACAAUGAGAUUUCUGUGAUUCAGAACGGAGGCAUCACCCAGCUGCCCGUCAGCCUCGGAGGAGCAGGAAUCACCUCUUUGGGAGCUAUGCCCGGCGGGUUGGACCGUGUACACACUGGCAGCAGCCCUCCCAUGACGGGAAUGGAGAAGGCUGGUCUGGAGGUUGCAGCCAGCCGUCCGUUUUCAAGAUACAUGGAGGAGAACAAGGAAAUUGGGAUUAAUUAGAAAACCUGUCUGUAUUACCUAAGGUAGCAGUUUAACAAAAACUAAAAGAUGAGAAAACUAUUG